UCCAUUAAACACUAGAAUAAGAAGCAGCAGACGCGCGAAGCUCGCUGAAAUAUUUUGUUUUUGUUUUAAAACGAAAUAUUUGCAAGGAUUUCGAAGCAUCACAAAUCAGUUUUUAAAGAAAGUGAAAGUCAUGCAUUCAGACCAUCAGGAAGAACAUAAAUCGAUAAAGACAGAGUUUAUUGAAGAUUACAGUGAGGUCAAGAGUGAUCCAGAGCCCAUCAGAGUGAAGCAUGAAGAUACUGAAGAACCAAAAGACCUGAUGGAAGAGAAUGAGGAGAGUGAAGAACAUCAUGAGGAGAAACAUCAUGAUGUCAAAACUGAAGAAACAUCUCUGAGUCUCUCACAGAAUGAAAAUACAUUUUUAUUGAGAAGAAGAGCCAGCAAACAUUUCACUUGCCCUCAGUGUGGAAAAAUAUUCCCAUACAAACUAAGUCUUGACGAUCACAUGAGAAUUCACACUGGAGAGAAGCCGCACACAGAAUCCUUGAAGGACCACCUGAGUGUUCAUUCAAAGGAGAAGCCUCACAUGUGUUCUUUAUGUGGAAGGAGUUUUUCCCAGCUGGCUGAUUUAAAAUUACACAAGAAAGGACACAGAUGUGUAAAGAAUCAUGUUUGCUUUGGUUGUGGGAAGACUUUUAAGACAGAUUCUGAAAUGGAACGGCAUCAGAGGAUUCACACUGGAGAAAAGCCUUACAAGUGUUCAUACUGUGACAAGAGAUUCAAUCGGUCAGGAAAUCUGAAAGCACAUGAGAGGAUCCACACUGGCGAGAAGCCACACAGGUGUGAUCAGUGUGGGAAGAGUUUUACACAAGCAAAUGGUCUUAAAGUGCAUCUGCAUUCUCAUUCUGGAGAAAGAGAGUUUAACUGUGAUCAGUGUGGUAAAAAAUUUGUUAUGGCACAAUACCUAAAGAAGCACCUGAAGGUUCACUCAGAGGAGAAGCCUCACAUGUGUACUUUGUGUGGAAAAAGUUUUUCACGGCUGAAUGUUUUAAAAUUACACCAGAAAAGACACAGUGGUGUGAAGAAUCAUGUGUGCUUUAAGUGUGAGAAGAACUUUAUUACAGAUGCUGAACUGAAACAGCAUGAGAAAAUUCACGCUGGUGAAAAUUCUUAAACUGGUGAACAAACUGUGUUAGUGUUAAACACUGUGAUAAGAUUAAAUGAGUCUGGAUCAUUUUUUGCCUACUGAAACUGCUUGUACUAACAAUAAUUUUAAUGAUUUUGUUAUAUAUAUUCCAUAACAUAGAAAUUAUUAUAUUGAAAUUGCUUGUGGGGUUUUUCAUGUUUUAAACAUUUUAAUGCCUAAUAAAUCUUGUUCUACCCCAAA